AUGGCCCUGGAGCGGGCGCUGCAGGCGGCGCGGCAGGGCGACCUGGACGUGUUGAAGUCCCUGCACGCCGCCGGCCUGCUCAAGCCCUCGCUGCGGGACCCGCUGGACGCGCUGCCGGUGCACCACGCCGCCCGCGCGGGCAAGCUGCACUGUCUGCGCUUCCUGGUGGAGGAGGCCGCCCUGCCCGCCACGGCCCGCGCGCGCAACGGCGCCACGCCGGCCCACGACGCCGCCGCCACUGGCCACCUCGCCUGCCUGCAGUGGCUGCUCUCCCAGGGCGGCUGUGGAGUGCAGGACAAAGACAAUUCUGGUGCCACAGUCCUGCACCUGGCUGCCCGCUUUGGCCACCCUGAGUUGGUGGACUGGCUGCUGCAUCAUGGUGGUGGGGAUCCCACCGUGGCCACGGAAACAGGCGCCCUGCCUGUCCACUACGCUGCCGCCAAAGGAGACUUCCCCUCCCUGAGGCUUCUCGUCAGGCACCAUCCCGGGGGAGUGACUGCCCAAACCAAGACCGGUGCCACGCCCCUGUACCUGGCGUGCCAGGAGGGCCACCUGGAGGUGACGCAGUACCUGGUGCAGGAGUGCGGCGCGGACCCGCACGCGAGGGCCCAGGACGGCAUGACCCCGCUGCACGCCGCGGCGCAGAUGGGCCACAGCCCGGUCAUCGUGUGGCUGGUGAGCUGCACCGACGUGAGCCUGUCGGAGCGGGACAAGGACGGCGCCACGGCCAUGCACUUCGCGGCGAGCCGCGGCCACGCCAAAGUGCUCAGCUGGCUCCUGCUGCACGGCGGCGAGAUCUCCACCGACCUGUGGGGCGGGACCCCGCUGCACGACGCCGCGGAAAACGGGGAGCUGGAGUGCUGCCAGAUCCUGGUAGUGAACGGCGCGGCGCUGGACGUCCGCGACCGCGACGGAUAUACGGCCGCCGAGCUCUCGGACUACAAUGGCCACAGCCGUUGCACCCGCUACCUGCGCACCGUGGAGAACCUGAGUGUGGAGCACCGUGUCCUGUCCCGGGAUCCGUCUGCUGAGCUGGAGGCCAAGCAGCCCGACUCUGGCAUGUCUUCGCCCAAUACCACCAUGUCCGUCCAGCCGCUGAACCCUGACCUCAGCUCGCCCACCAGCACCCUCUCCAACUACGACUCCUGCUCCUCCAGCCACUCCAGCAUCAAGGACCAGCGCCCCCCACGCCGGCUUCCCAGCUCAAGAGCUGCAGACAUACAAAAGUACAUAGACAAGCUGAGCCCGCAGCUGGGCCGGCCGCGGGGCAAGACGGAGAGAACCACAGCACUGCCACCACCGCCCAGCUUCCCUCCACCGCCCCCGCCCCCGAACACCCAACUGCCCCCACCCCCACCAGGCUACCCAGCUCCCCAGCCCCCCGCAGGACCACAGGCUGCUGACAUCUACCUGCAGACCAAGAGCAAACUCCGCCACGUGGAGACAGAGGCCCUCAAGAAGGAGCUGGGCUCCCGCGACGGCCACAACGGGCUGAGGAGGCAGGACUCCGGCCGCAAGCCCCGCGCCUUCAGCAAGCAGCCCAGCACGGGGGACUACUACCGGCAGCUGGGCCGCUGUCCCGGGGAGCCGCCGGCCGCGGCCCCGGGCAUGGCGCACAGCGAGGAGGUGCGUGCCUGCCAGUCCGCGCCCGCCGGCCGCCCGGGCCCCGGCCCGGCCUCCCGCUCCUCACUCGCGAGCCCCUCCGCUCCCCCGCAGGCGGCGCUGCUCCCCGGGAACCACGUGCACAACGGCUGCGCCGCGGACCCCAAGGCGUCCAGGGAGCUGCCCCCGCCGCCGCCGCCGCCGCCGCCGCCGCCCCUGCCGGACGCCCUGAGCUCGCCGCCGCCGGCUCCGCCUCUGCCCUUCGAGGGCGCUGGCCCUGGCUGCGGGCAGCGUCGCUCCUCCUCGUCCACUGGCAGCACCAAGUCUUUCAACAUGAUGUCCCCGACGGGUGACAACUCCGAGCUACUGGCUGAGAUCAAGGCAGGCAAGAGUCUGAAGCCAACGCCGCAGAGCAAGGGACUGACCACGGUGUUCUCGGGCAGCGGGCAGCCGAUCUCCCAGUCCGACUCGCCGCUGCCUCCCGCGUCGCCGGCGCCUUCACGGGCCCGCAGCCCCACCCCGCCCGCCGCGGGGCCCCAGCCUCUGCUCAACGGCAGCGUGGCGCCGGCACCGCCCGCCACCCCGGCGCCCGGCGUGCAGCUCGACGUGGAGGCGCUCAUCCCCACGCACGACGAGCAGGGCCGGCCCAUCCCGGAGUGGAAGCGGCAGGUGAUGGUGCGGAAACUGCAGCUGAAGAUGCAGGAGGAGGAGGAGCAAAGACGGAAGGAGGAAGAGGAGGAGGCCCGGCUGGCCGGCAUGCCUGCCUGGAGGCGAGACCUCCUGCGGAAGAAGCUAGAAGAGGAGAGGGAGCAGAAGCGGAAAGAAGAGGAGCGACAGAAGCAGGAGAGGAUGCAGCGAGAGAAAGAGCAGUCGGAGAAGCUGCGGACGCUGGGCUACGACGAGACCAAGCUGGCGCCCUGGCAGCGACAGAUCAUCCUGAAGAAGGGGGACAUCAAUAAGUACUAGAUGCCGCCCUCCUGCUCGCAGCCGCGUGAGCUCGAGGGGCCCCAGCCUCCGCCCCUGCCUGCCCGGCCCCGGGCGGAAGGGCUGGGAGCCGCGCUGCCUUCCCCCUCCCGCGCUGGAACCCCUCCCUGCCCCCUCUCCGGCCUCCGCACCCCGAGCCCGGGGCGACGCUGGAGCGCGCCCGCCGCCGCAGCCGCCCAGAAAAAGUGCCCAAGCAAGCUGCUGACGCAAAAAGAUGCUGCUUAUUUGCAUGCCUAUUUACAUGUAUUUGCAUGCGCGUGGAAGGUCGCGCAGAGAUCUCCCCGGCCCCGUGGGUGGCGACUUUGUUUCCCCGCGGGGCGCGCGCGACCGGCCGCAGCCCCCUCCCCCGUAGCCCGGAACCCGCGUGGCUGGCGCAUCCUGGGCGGAGGCAGGCCCCGCGCUCGGGGAAGGGGUUUUCCUCCAGUGCUGACCCAGAUCCGCGCCCUGCCCGCCCGGGCCGCAUUUCCCAUCCGCGCGAGGCCUUCCUCACAGUCACUUGUUUACCAGAAGCGGUAACAGCAACCUGCCGUCGGGACGGAGCUGCCGCUCCGGGC